GCGAUGACAUCAGGACAGACGCCCCUUUGUCCGCUGCCGGGUAACGCGGUUGUAAUUUGGGGAGGUGCUUGUGGUGGACUUGCCGGCGGAGGGGGGCUUCGGUUGGGAUCCUCUCCACUGCUGGAAGAUGGGCGCCGUUUUAGCUGUGUGCUCCCUGGGCAGCUUGGUAUCAUGUCUGUGCAGCAGUGCUCCUUGUUUGUUAUGCAGCUGUUGCCCCAAUUCCAAAAAUUCUACGGUAACUAGAUUGAUCUAUGCAUUCAUGUUGCUUCUGGGAACUUUUGUGGCUUGUAUUAUGCUGGCUCCAGGAAUAGCAAUACAACUAAAAAAGAUUCCAGGGUUUUGUGAAGAUGGCUUUGGUACUCAGCUUCCAAAUGUUCACGGGGUUGUGAACUGUGAUGUACUAGCUAGUUACAAGUCAGUUUAUCGUAUCUGCUUUGGAUUUGCUGUCUUCUUCUUUCUCUUCUCUGUGCUUUUGAUCAAUGUGAAAACGAGCAGAGAUCCCAGAGCUGCAGUACAUAACGGAUUCUGGUUCUUCAAAGUAGCUGGCACUAUAGCUAUUAUAGUAGGAGCCUUUUAUAUCCCUGAAGGACCUUUUACAAAAGCUUUAUUUGUCAUUGGUACAUGUGGUGCAUUCUGCUUCAUACUGAUCCAGUUGGUUUUGCUGAUAGAUUUUGCUCAUUCUUGGAAUGAGUCAUGGGUGGGAAAGAUGGAGGAUGGGAAUUCCAAAUGCUGGUAUGCAGCUUUGGUCUCCAUUACCAGCCUGAAUUACAUUUUGUCUUUCAUUGCAAUUGUGCUUUUCUAUGUAUAUUAUACCACACCUGGAGGAUGUGUUGAGAACAAAUUCUUCAUUAGCUUCAACAUGAUAUUUUGCAUUGCUCUUUCUGUUGUUUCUAUUCUUCCAAAAAUACAGGAAGCGCAACCUCGGUCUGGUCUUCUUCAGUCUUCAGUCAUUACCCUGUAUACAAUGUAUCUCACAUGGUCUGCAAUGUCAAAUGAGCCUGAUGGAGAAUGCAACCCCAACUUUAUGGGCCUCAUUAAAAAUUUGGUCUUGCCCUCAUCUGUUCUGGUCAACAGAACGGAGAAGUCAUCUGUAGAUCCUUCAUCUCUAACUGGACCUCCAAGUACAGUGCAGUGGUGGGAUGCACAGAAUGUUGUUGGACUUAUCCUCUUCAUUUUAUGUCUUUUAUAUUCAAGCAUUCGUACCUCAAACAACAGUCAGGUGAAUAAACUUGCAUUCUCAGCCAGUGAAGCUGUGGUGUUAGAUGAUUCAUUGUCUGGAAGUGCUGUUGAUGAACAGGGAAACGGCACAAGAAGAGUCCAGGAUAAUGAGCAGGAUGGAGUCCAGUAUAGUUAUUCCUUCUUUCACUUCAUGCUUUUCCUGGCUUCACUCUAUAUAAUGAUGACAUUAACGAACUGGUACAGUCCUGAUGCUGACUACAAGACAAUUACGAGCAAAUGGCCCUCUGUGUGGGUGAAAAUCAGUUCAAGUUGGAUCUGCCUACUUUUGUAUCUGUGGACUAUGCUGGCACCUCUUAUUCUUUCUAACCGUGAUUUUGAAUAGCACAGUGUAAACAUAGCUGUUGAAUUAAACAAGUCCAUCAGACCAGAAACCAAAUGAUAUAGCUUUUGUUUUUUUUAAAAAAGCUCAAGAACAUUCAAGGGGCCAAUGCACUGAAUUAUUGCUUAAAUAAGAAAUAUGCUUUUAGCCUUAAUGUUUCCAUAUGAUUAAUAUGCACUUUGUAUCCUUUUAAAAAGAGAUAAGUGGAAUUGGAUGUGAAGAAAGGAUUUAAAAAUGUUCGAUUUAGCUUGUAUAUAUCAUAAAUAGUAAGGCAAUAUUGUUCAGAAGCUCAUUUAUUUCCCUUUAUAGGUGCUUAAUACUAUUACUUUGGAUGAUUUCAAACUCUAACAUUUGAUACUAAAUUGAAGCUUUUAUUAAUGCAGAAUUGUUUUGUCUUGAAUUUUGAGCAUUAUGGAAGUAGAUUAUUAGUAGACAUGUUGUUAUUCCCUUGGCUUACAAAAAAUAGUGUCUUUGACAACUUUUAAUGUCUUGUAUGGCUGAUGGUGGGCAUGAUGGUUGGCCAUGGGCCACUGAAAGAUUGAGAUUUAUGGUCUGGGCUGUAAAUGAAGCCAUGUCCAAAUAAUGUUGUCUUUAAAGAGUUUGUAUUAAUUAUCUGGAAAGCAGGAAUGCUAAAACAUCCUAUUCAAAUUUGUACUAUUAAAAUUAUAAUAAAAUUGGUUUAAUGUACAACAAAUAAA